AUGGCAAACCGGCUGUCUUUGCUCCUUCCUAAGCUAAUUUCCGAAGAACAGGGAGCUUUCCAACAUGGGAAGGUAAUCAUUGCAAAUAUAGGUGUGGCUUCUGAGUUGACAAAUAUGAUGGCUUCCAAAUGCCGCGGGGGAACAUUGGGGAUGAAGUUGGAUGUCCAGAAGGCGUAUGAUAUGCUCGAUUGGAAUUUCUUGUUCGUUGUAUUGGGCAAAUUCGGAUUUUCUCAAUGCUGGAUUGGCUGGAUUAAGGAGAUGAUGAGGUCUACAAAAAUGGUUAAGAAGUUUCUGGACAACUAUCAAAUUUAUUCAGGGCAGAAAAUUAACCUUGAGAAGAACAAGAUUUUUGUGGGGAAUAUGUUCGCUCUUAGAAGAGGUAGGGUGAAGGAGGUUUUGCAAAUUCCUGAGUGUGUCUUUCCCACUCGAUAUCUUGGUGUGGAUUUGUUCAAGGGUAGGGUGAAAAAAGAUUUUACUCUUCCCCUGGUUGAUAAAUUCAAGGCAAGGCUGGCAGGGUGGAAGGGUAGACUUCUGUCUAUGGCGGGAAGGGUAGAAUUGGUGAGAUCAGUGAUAUGUAGCAUUCUAAUGCACAAUUUCUCGGUGUACUUAUGGCCUGCUUCGUCUGUGGAGUUGAUGGAACGAUGGAUCCAGAAUUUUAUUUGGAGUGGGGAUGCAAAUAUUUCGAAAUCAAUCACUGUUAGGUGGAGCAAGCUGUGCAAGCCUAAGUGUGAGGGUGGUUUGGGGGUGAGAAGGCUUAAGGAGAUCAAUCUUGCACUUCUAGCAAAAUUGGCAUGGUUUAUGAAGAAUGAUAACUCAAGUUUUGCGAAGUUCUUGCGGGGAAGGCUGAUUAAGGCGGACGGAUCUUUAAAGCAGGGGGUGAAGUCUUCUAUUCUCCCUGGUAUUAGAAAGGACAAAGUUGCCGAUUAUAUUGAUGAUGGGGAGUGGCAAUUACCGACCCCUAGAUCGCUGGAACUGCAGGAGGUAUCCAACCAGAUUUUGCAGGUAAAGCUUCCAACUACUGAACACGAGGAUAAAAGGGUGUGGGCUUUGACGGAGUGGGGUGUAUUUUCGGUUAAGUCUGCAUGA